UCGCUGAGUCCACUGCCUCAAACAUCCCCAACUCGUACGUACGUAGUAUUUGCAUUUCGUGAUCCAGCACCAUGUCAGGCAGAGGAAAGACCGGCGGCAAGACCCGUGCCAAGGCGAAGACCCGAUCCUCCAGAGCCGGUCUCCAGUUCCCCGUCGGCCGUGUGCACCGCCUGCUCCGGAAGGGUAACUAUGCCGAGCGUGUCGGCGCCGGAGCCCCGGUGUACAUGGCCGCCGUGCUGGAAUAUUUGACCGCCGAAAUUCUGGAGCUGGCCGGGAACGCGGCCCGUGACAAUAAAAAGACCCGCAUCAUCCCCCGCCACUUGCAGCUGGCCGUCCGCAACGACGAGGAGCUGAACAAGCUGCUGGGUGGGGUGACCAUCGCCCAGGGCGGCGUCCUGCCCAACAUCCAGGCCGUGCUGCUGCCGAAGAAGAGCUCCAGCGCCGCUCCCGCCGUCGGGAAGACUUCCGGCAAGGCAACUAGCAAGGCAUCUGGCAAGAAAGCGUCUCAGCAGUCCCAGGAGUACUGAGCUCUACUAACCCCACCGAUACCGACCUCCAGCGACCCAAAGGCCCUUCUAAGGGCCACCCACCCCUGUAAAGGGGCUGUAAUGUGCCAGCGUGUGAGUCUUAUUCAUGUGCGAGGGAAACGCCGAUAUGCAUAGACUAUAAUAGGGGAUAAUACAUUCACUCCUACUUA